GGAGGAAGACGACGAGGGCGACGCGCAGCGCCCCCUUUGGACUCCAACUAGCACUGAUCGGAUGCGAGGGCGGGAGUCUGAUUUGGAUGAGCCGGCUUCUCUUUUGCCCUCCCACUUGACAGGCCACACCACAGAUCGCUUGCACAGGGAUGUGGUGGACACGCACAGCUCCCAUGCACCUGCACUGAAUGACCGCACUGCCAAGGAGGCAAUGCCUGCCAACGAGCCUUUGAGCUUGACACCCUCUCACCUUCCUUCAGCUCCACAACGUGGGGCAUUUGCAGAAGAGGGGCUUGAGGAUGAGGAACUGGACCUCUUACACAGCUACAUUUAUGACGCCAAGGAGGAAGGGGAGAGGGAGGAUGGGGAAGGUGAGGAUUUAAUUCAAAACAAGGCAACACUGGAGGAUUCCCUAGCUCUGUCUCCCCCCUCCCCUUUCAGAGACUCUGUGUAUUCAGGGGACUCUGUCACCGGCUCCCCCAUCAUCGAUUCGAUGCUCGGUAGCCCCUCGGUCUACACCGCCGACAUCCUCCGAGACUACGCACACAGCUCCUCAACACUGUGAGAGCAAAAACCAACGCUGGCACAGCGGCUGUCAGCAGACUUGAGCAUCACACAGAGUGCAUUACACCGACACACACAGACACACAACACGUGCAACGAUACGAUUUAACAUUUCAAGUUUUUAACAUUUGUUUAUUUGCUCUGACAUUUGCUUGCUUAACUGUAUUUAUUACUCUGCUGUUAUCAGUAAGUGGUUAAUCGAAAAUACAGGUAGACCACAAAUUAUCUACGAGUGCUUACAUUUCUGAGGGGCCGUGAGUGCACAAAGCCUUCCUGAAAAAUGUAAAACUGGGACACGUGCCAAAACUAGUCAGCUCUCACGCCAAAUGUUUUAAUGAAUGAAGUAACACGGAGAGUCAUAAUAGAAGAUGUAGCUGUGUUUUUUUGGGGUUUUUUGUUUUAAUAGAGACAGUGCAAUUGUAGAGUCUGCAAAAAAGAAAACACGGCAAGAGAAACACAGUAGUGUUUACGCAGCGCGCUUACAUAUCACAGACCAAACUUUCUCUAAAGACUGCAAUAGCUUAAGUGCAUUUCAUGCCAGUUUUGAUUAGCUCUGCUCUUCUGCUGCAGCACAUGCACAGGUCUGUUCAUGUGUAUAGCAGUCAAAGCUUCAUUCAAGAAAAUCAACUUUUCAUUGAGUAUUCAUUAAGUAACUGCACCCUUUCUCUAAUCAAACCUCAUUGCAGUUUAUAUAUUACAAAUUAACAAGAAAAGUGAAGUAUGUUGUUUGAGUAUUACAUUUAUGUGCCGCAAGGUGUGCUCAUCACAAAAGUAGUAUCAACGAACUCAGAUCCUGCUGAAGACUUGCGCUGUAUGAUAUGUGACUAUGGUUACAAUGUGCCAAGCAAAGUUGUUAUCAGCCUACAGCCCCCGCUUUCUGUUUUAUUUGUUUAUUUAUUUUUAUGAUGUAGCUGGUAAACAGGUAAAUAGGGUGAUUGUAGAUGAUGGCAAUGCUGUUUAUUCCGUUUACACUAAACCAUAACCCUGAGAAUUUUUACGCGCGUGGGAAAUGACAAAAAGAUUUUGCUUUCCAUGCUGUGUGGAUAUUUCCCACAUUUUCUGAGUUUGCUGUGUCAUUGUAAUGGAAAAACACAGUAAGUUGUACAAGUUAUCAAAGUUUGUAAUACUGUUAAGCCAUCUCUUGUUUUUCACGCAGGUGGUAUGUUUGUAAUACUAAUAAAUGUUUCUAUAUUUAGAAUGUCAACAGAAAAACAAAGUUUAUACAUUUUGAAACUGUCCUCGGAUACUCGUCAAAAAGCAGUGUGUUUGUUUUUUUGGGGUAAAUUUUAAGUUGAGUCAGUUGUAUCCUCUUGAACACAUUUGGUUGUAAAAGUAACCAAUGAUUGAUUGCUUCUUGUAACGAGAUGAUACAUGUUUCGAUUUUGUUUAAAUCUUGCAUUAUAAAGUUAAGUAAUUUAAUUGAG